UUUUCUUUAAAAAUUUCUGCACCUUUAGAAGUAGGCCAAUGUAUGGUUAGUUGGGCCAAUUUCGUCCAGCCCAAAUAUGCAAAGGCUGCCCAAGUCUUUAAACCAUCUGGGCUCGGACCUACUGUUAAUCAAGACCAACAUGACCAAAUGGGCCAAAACCCAACAGGCCCAACCUGUUGUUUUUAAACACUUGGAGAAACAUAGCCUUCUAAGCUCGUGGGAGAUGGGUGAAUUAUCGGGCUCCCAUGACUCAGCCAAGAAGUCACCGAUGGUGUCUCCGAGUUACAACAAGGUGGGUGGGGUAUUUCCAAGGUCUGACAAGGGCCUCGAUGUGGCUGUGGCUUGCGGCUCUUCUUCUAGGGACACUCCAAGCAGUGGUGCCGAGAUGGGGCAGGUAGUUCUUGCUGCUACAGCCGUCAAUAGUCCAAUUGUGGGCUGUCCAAUCACUGGGGCUGAGGUGAGUUUGCUGGUUUCGAGCUCCGAUGGGCAUUCCUACUUCAUUGACCCUGAUGCUUCUUCAAAAGUGGGUUCUUUGAUGACAAAUCAGUUUUUGAGUUCUCAGAUAUGCUUUGCGAUCAACAAUUGUUGGGACAAAACUUAUUCUCUCCUUAUUAUGAGCUGGUUUCUGAUUCAAAUGAAGAUGACACUCUAAUGUUGAAUUGGGACAAUUCCAUGGGGUCAGGUAAGGCUGAAGAAGAUUAGAAUUCUUUGGAUUUUGUACCUCUGGAAAAAUGGGAUCCUAGGGCGCUUGGAUUUAAUGAUAGAGGAGGGUGAAUUGGAUGACACUUUUGUGGGGGAUGACUUGGAACCUUCAGUUUGGGUGAGAAGGAUGAUUAAGGGCUUUAGUAAAUUCGUGGGUUUCUAUUGAUUUUUGUGAGAGGCAGUGUAUUGCUUUCCUUCAACAACUUGAGAAAGUGUGGGAAAGACAAGCUGCUGCAGGUAGUCUUUGUCAUACUGUUUCUUCAACUAAAAAAGGUAUGAGGGAAUUAAGGAACUUAGUUUCUACUGUUAAUUAUGCUAGGCAAUCUAGUAGUCGAACCAGAGGGAAUGUGAAUUCCAUUGGGAUGGGCUCAGAUCGCUGUCCAUGAACUUGAAACUCUUAUCUUGGAAUGUGAGAAAAUUAAACAAUCCUCAUAAAAGGGAUACUGUGAAGAAUUUACUCAAGGAGUGGAAGUGUGAUGUCGUGUGUUUUCAAGAAACCAAAUUGGACUGUACCAAUUCUUCCGUUGUGAAAAGUCUUUGGGGUAGCCCUUUUGUAGAUUGGGUAGCUUUGGAUAUUCACACAGAAGGGGGAGUUCUUUUGACGUCGGAUAAAAGGGUGUAUAAGAAAAUUGACUGCAUGGUUGGUAGUUUUUUUGUUUCUAUCUUGUUGAAGGGUGUGGCAGAUGGGUUUGUUUGGAUUUGUAUGGGCAUGUAUGGUCUGACUAUUGCUGGUCUUAGGGAUGCUUUGUGGGCAGAACUUGAUAGUGUGAGGGCGAGGUGGAGUUCAUCUUGGUGUGUCUUUGGUGAUUUCAACAUUAUCAGAUAUCUAGUAGAGUGACUUGGUUGUAUUUCUUUUAGUCCAACCAUGUUCAAAUUCUUGGACUUUAUUGCGAUGAAUUUUUUGUUCAAUCUACCUUUGGUGGGGGGUAAGUUUAUGUGGUUUCAAGACUCUGAGAAUCCUUCUAUGUCUAGAAUUGAUAGAGUUUUGGUGUCAACUGACUGAGAUGAUCACUUUGGAUGUGACCCAAAGGCCUCUCCCUCGUGCGGUAUCGGAUCAAUGUCCUCUUCUUGUGGAGGCAGUGGUAUGUUGAGGGGGAAGAGUUCCUUUAAAUUUGAAAAUAUGUGGCUUAAAGUUAAGGGUUUUGUUGAUCGAGUUCACAGUUGGUGGAAUGGAUAUCAUUUUGUGGAGGCCUUCUAGUUAUGUUCUAACUUGUAAAUUCAAGGGUCUUAAAGGAGAAUUGAAGCAUUGGAAUAAACUUGUUUUUGGGGACAUGUUUCUUAGGAAAAAAUGUUUGUUGUUUGAGCUUCUGGUUCUAGAUUCGAGAGAAGGGAUGCAAGUUUUGUCUCUAGCAAAUAGAACAAGAAGAAUUGAGGUCAAGGCCACUAUCAUGUGUUUAGCCUCCUUGGACGAGAUUUCUUGGAGGCAAAAAUCAAAGGCUCUGUUUCUAAAAGAGGGGGAUAAUAAUACUGGGUUUUUUCAUAGGCUUGCUAAUUCCUAUAGACAUGCUAAUACUAUGAAGGGUGUGGAGGUUGAGGGCAUUAUGUAUGAGGCUGAGUCAGAUAUUCAAGAUCAGGCGGUGGGUUUUUAUAGAAUAUAUAUCAAGAGUCUGAAUCUUGGAGGCUCACUGUUGAUGGGUUAGAGUCUAUGU